AGAGUUCAGCAGGUGAACCCCGGGCCCUGAUGGUGGGACUGGGCCCGGGUUCCCACCGCAUCGUCCGCCUCAGCCAGAACCUUCUGGUCCCCGCCCCCAGAUAGGGACCCAGGAGGCCCACGCCCCUUCUUCCCGGCGGGGAGUGGGAGCCUCUCGCACUCUUCGGCAGCUCCAGACCCUCGGCAGCUCCAGACCCUCGUUUACAGUUCAGGACCUCAGCUGCACUUUGGCGCUAACGCCCUGUUUCCCAGGACUGUCAAUGGCAGGAUACCAGCUCUGGUCACCAUGGACCCCACUGGAUGAGAGUUUCCAAUGGCUGCGCCACACGACACCUACACCUUCCUCCAAGCACCCAUUCAGGGCCUCCCCCUACUUCCCACACACACCGUCUGACCUUGAAGUGCAGCUGUGCUUUCAAGAGGUCACUCUAGUCCUAGACAGCCCAUUCCUGGAAUCUGGAGUGAGUCCCAAGUUACCCUGCCACACAUCAGAGUUGCGAACGAUGAACAACAAAGGACUGGUCAGGAAGCCCCAGCCCAUCCGCCUCAGUGGAGUAGAUUCUGUCUUUGGCAGGGUUAUCACAGCUCAGCCACCAAAGUGGACCGGGACUUUCAGAGUUUCAGACAAGUCAGCCUUUUGCAAAAUCAUUAGCAGGGAGCACCAGUGGCCCAUUGGACUGAAGGAGCCUCAGAUUCAGAUGACAGUGACUAUGUGCAAACAGAUGCUGCGCUCUAUCCUCUUGCUGUAUGCAACUUACAAAAAGUGCACCUUUGCCUUGCGGCACUCCAAGUAAAGGGUCCUCAUUUGAUCCCCAUUUCUUCACACCAUGCCCUUUGUGCCUUGGUGACUGUCAAGUAAAAGCAAGUAUAUACUCAUUUCUCUCCACACUUCCCACAUACUUACCAAGCAAAAAGCCCAUGAAAAAUCUGCAGCAGCCUCUGAUAGCAGGAAGACAUUAUGUGGUACUCCUGAACUUUCACUCCUGGUCCAUCAACUACACUGUGAUUCUCAGCAGCUAAACACUAAAAAUAAAAAUGAUUUUAGGACA